UCUUGUUCUUGCUGUUCUUUUUUUCCGUUACAAUACUCUUUUUUUUAUUGUUGUCUAAUACCAUUACUUAGUAAGCACAUCAUAAAAUGGGAAAUUGUUGCAGUACAAGAACCAAAGAUAAAGGACAUCGAUUAGGCUCAGCCAGUGAAUUGGGAGAAGGACAAACAUUAUCACCAGGUCAAGUGGUAGGCAAUAGUGGUAGUGGUGGUAAUGCCGCCAUGUUAGCCGCUGCUGAACAACGUCGUUUGAAGGCUGAAUCUCGGGGAGUCCAAAAUGGUGGUGGUGCUCUGAACAAGAAACUGAAUGAGGAACGUGGCAAGAAACCAGUUCCCGAACAACGAUCUAAUGAACCUGACUUAGUUUGGGAUUGAACAACCAAUGCUGUGUGCAUAUUUUGAUACCAACUUCUCUAUUUUUACUCUCCCUCUUUUCAAAUUUCUCAUUUUUAUUCAUUAGUAUAAUUUUUUUUUUCUAGGUUACUUCUAUUCCCCCGGUUUUGUCUGAUAUAUAAGAAAUUAUUUAUUAUCAUGAAUUGAAUAAAAAAAAAAAAAAAGAAAAUGUAAAGCCCAUUGUUUAA